GAUUUUUAAAUCGUUUUGGUAGAAAUUAUUUUAACUAACAAAAUUUAUAAGUUUUAACAUUUAUUUUUCCGGACACUGCAAUAAGUUUUUCAACGAUUCUAUUUUAUAGUUUGGUUUAAAUAAUUAUAAAUUUAUUUAGUGGAUAACUUGAAAUGGAAACCGGAUUAGUUUUUGUAGAAAAAAUCUUUCCUAGAGAAAUAAAAUUUAUAGAUAGUUUUUCAGAAAAAAAUGAAAGUGACUAUGAAAAAAAAUGUGUUGACGAAAUUAUUAAUAUUAAAGAUGUUUGCGCUGCUGAAAAUAUGAAUGAUUUAAGCGAUAAACAAUUCAGGAAUACUGAAGAAAAUGCUAAACAAUUCAAAAGUGCUGAAAAAAAUGUUACUUUUGAGAUGGAUAGAGCUACUAUGAAUUGUUUUCAAACACCUUCACUUCGUAUUUUGCCAUCGUCCUUCAGGAUGGAACUUAAAAAGUCGAAAAGUUGUGAUGAUCUUCCGGUCGUUAAAAACAAUAUAAAAAAAAUUAAAAUUGUUGAGAAGAUUACUGAAGAGGAAAAAAUUAAUGAAAAAAUGGUGUACGAAGAUAUAGCUGAAGUGAAACAAAAUGUUGCAAAUUUUCACGCUGACGAAACAUGUGAAGUCGUUAAAAAAUAUGAUUUUUCGCUAAAUGAUGUUGUAAAAGAUCACCCGAAAAUAACUGGAAAUGGAGAUUUGCACAAUAAAAUUUCAUGUUCAGUUGACAUUAAAACACUGACUUCUUUGAACGCGGAAGAGAAAAUAACGAACUUGGUUGAGGAAUUCAAAUCUAACCACAUACCUUCCAUUCCCAAGUCGUACGAUGACACGAAUAAAUUAAAAAAUAUUAAAAUGCCACAAAUCAUUAAAAUUCACGAUUCAGAUGGCAAAAUUUUAAAUACCGAGAAAUUAGAUUCUACCUUCUAUCCUAAGUACGAACGAAUCUAUUCAAAACCAGCAACUGAUGUUGAAGGCUUUGACGGUAUAAGAAUGCAACGAAUUAUUGAUGAACCAACAUCUUAUUGGUCAUUCCAGAUUUCAAUGUGUUACGACAAGAAGUUGUAUUGCUUUUCUCAUCCUUUCAACUGGGUUCGCAUAAUGGGUGAGAUCAAUGUUGUUGAAAACAAACACAAAGUUUUGUCACGGAAAUUUCCUAUCAUUAAUUUUUCCAUAAAAACGCCUAUACUGUUCAAAGAUCGUGGAUUUCACCGUCCUAAUUAUGAAAACUUUCCUUCAUAUAUGAGUCAACAUCAAACAGCGGUCGUGUCUAACUCCGAUAUAAACACAAAUACGACGGAACAAAAGGCAAACGAAAAAAUUGAAGAACAUAAAAUUUUUUCAGAAACAACAUGCGAAGAUAAUUCUAACAAAAAGAAAAUCACUGAAAACGAAAAAUUCAUUGACGAUAACGGUCACAAAACUAAUUUUAAUGUUGAUAAAAAUAAUAAUCACGUAGAAAACUGUAAUUUUGAUCAAAAAAUGAAAUGUAAUUCGAUCAACACUAAUGUCGAUGGCGAUGUAAACAAUAAAGGUAAUAUCCACGUCAGAGUGCCAAACAGCGAGCCGUAUCAUCGUCUUUGGCUAUGCAUGGCCGAUUCUUUCUGUCAUAAAUCAUUCGAUAAUGGCUCGGAUAACUUCACGCUGAUAUUAUUCAUUUUGCCCAAUCCAUCGUACACAUAUUUUAACGGAAGAACCUCAAGAAACGGAUGGACAUUUGCAACCGUGGUUGUCCCGUCUCUUAAGUACGGCGUUCACAAUACCAGUCAUUACGUUCAAGAUAUUUAUUUCCCUUCGAUGAAACGCAAACUAAACAAAUAUUCAAUUCCGCCUCAGAGCUGGAAAUGUUUUCACUUUCAAAUCUUGUGGGAGUCUCACACUAAGAAAAGGUUUGCUGCGUGGAACGUCAUUUUGGAAUUUAUAGAUCCCUUCGAGAAAAAAAUUUUCACGAACGGUCAAGUCGGGUGGGAAGCAAAAAUGCUCUUCUCUUCACACAGAUUUCACUUCAGCAACGAACUUAACGGAAACUUUUUUAUUCCUCGUCCGAAGUUUGUGAAGGAAAGUAUAAAAGAUGCCAUGGACGAUUUUGUGACAGUGCAGGACAUAAUUCUGCCCGCAGCUGCUCCAUUGAACCAAGAAAAUAUUAAAAUACCGAGCGUAGGAUACACAAUAAAACUGCCUGUGUCAAAAAUGAUGGUUAGAUGAUGUUCGAACAUUAUUUGAACUUUUUAAUUCAUAAUAUUUAAAAAAAAACAUAUUUUAUAGUUUUAUCUUGUUUUGACGUGAUUACAUUGUGCAACGAUUUUAAUAUUUAAAAAGAUUUUAUGUGAUCCAAUGAACUUUAACAUUAGUUAAACAACUUAAUAAAGUUCUUAUUUUAUAUACCUUGACAUGUAACUCACGUAUUUUUUGAAAAAACGUGUGACUUCGUAAAAUUAAAUUUAAUAAAAUAAUAUUUCCAGUU